AUGUUUUUACUUUUUCUUCCUAUCUUAAGUCAUCAAGAAAUUCAAUGUGAGCAAAUUACAUCUCUCCUCAAAUCUGAUGAAGAGAAUUCUCUAACUUGUUCUGGAUUAUCUCCUGAAAAUACUUAUCAAAUAAAAUUAUCAUCAGAUCAUACAAGUUCAACAUUAGAUACUACCUUUGAAAGUCCAAAUACUUUGAAAUUCAGUAUUACGAACCCAGAUGAAUUUACACAAAUGUACUUAAUUGAUCAAGAUUCCGAAAUAUUUAUACAAAAUAUUAAAAUUGAUGCGAAGCCAACAGUUAAAGAUGUUGGUACUAAUAAUAAACAGCCAUUUUUAGGCAGAUGGAUUGAAUACACUUAUGAAAUUAAAUUUGGAUCCUCCUACACUGGAAGUGGAGAAGAUAAAUAUGAAGUAGCCAUUAUAAACAGUCCAACUGAAAGCGAAAAUUCCUUUACAGACUACAAAGUAAUACUUAAAAAUGCAAAUGAUAAAAAUUACUUUUUCAUUCCAAAAACUGUAACGCCUGGUGAAAAUUUCCUUCUAUUUCGCUUCCAUUUAGUCAAUGGAGAAACAGAUACUGUCAGUAAAACAUUCAUACCGCCUAUCCAUGUUUUAAUUCCAAAGGUUUCUGACAAAAUUACUGCAGAAAAAACGUCAACAAGUAUGUUUUUCGAUGAAAGUAAUACAGAAAUAAAUUUCGGUGUAUAUUGUACUCCUUCGGUCUAUAGUUUUAAAGUUUAUUACAAAAUAGGUUCAUAUGAAGAUACAUUGUUUGGUGAGUAUGAAGGUUUAGUUACAGAUCCAAUUUAUAUAGAAUCAUCAAUAAAUAUACCAACAGAUCUAACAGAAGUUCAAGAGAAAGUAACUUUUAUUAUGAAAGAUACCGCAACAUCACAAAUUUUAGCUUAUACAGAAUACACAGAUCUUAUAAUUGUUCCAAAGUUCGAAGUUGAAAAUAUUACAUUAGCCAAUCAUAAUAUGAUUUCGGAUUACUAUGUAUUGCAUAAUCAAGAACCUAUUACUGGAACAGUUACAUUCAAAAAUGAAGUUGCUUUUGACUAUCUCAUUUUACAUUACAAAUUAAAACGCCAAACUCUUAAACCUUUUGGUAAAUCAAAAAGAAACUUCUUCUUCAUUGUUCAAUUAGGUGAUAUUCGAUCCGAAAAUUUGAUUACCCUUAAUUUCGAACAAAAUAACGUCUUUAAAAAUGGAUACAUAACAUAUAAAUAUGUUGAAUUUACGUAUUCUGUUAAAUACUUUAAAAAAGAUGAACAAAGAAAAGGAACUUUUUACGUAAAGCACAAUAUCCCGACUGAGAUAAAUAUUGGUGGAAGAUUUUAUGAAAGUUCUACGAUUGCAAAUAAUUAUUUACAAAUAAUUAAGAACGCAGGUCAAGAUUCCGCUGUUUAUUUGGAAAAUACUUGGCUCGGAUAUAGUAGUGAUGUUGGUGGGAUUCCAUCAAAAAUUUCUUUCGCGGUAAUUAUAGAGGACAAAGUUAUAAUAUCAAAAGAAUUUGAUAUUUAUUGCUUUUCAGAUUUUGUAUGGGGGAUCAAUUCGAUAACUGACCUCAACAGCGCACCCACUUACAAAAUAGGAUCAAGAAAGUUACUGAAAUUAGAAUUCUCUGAGUUAAUAAAUCUUGAUGAUAUAACGUUCAGAUAUAAAUAUAAACCGACACAAAAUGAUUAUUUCCGAGAUCUUAAAAUAGAAUAUCUGAUACGUGUUCCAAAUACCGAAAAUGAAACUAUUCUUUCAUUUUUACUUCCAAGUCCAGAUACAAUCGGCCAAAAUACGUUUAUAUUACAACCACGUGUUCCAGGGGUAAAUGGAUAUAGUGACCAGAUUUAUUUAACAAUUGAAUCAGAAUUGGAAAUAACACAUAGUUCAAUCAAUUGCAGAAUGACAGAAGAUUCAUAUGGAUAUGGACAAACUCUGUUAUUCAAAUGUAACAUUUAUGAUAUUGAAGAAUUACCAAUAAAAUAUAAGGCAAAGAUAGGAAAUCAUUAUUCCAAGGAGGUACCGCACAAUACAAUCUUAAUGUGA